GAUUACGACGCAUUGCAAAAAUGCUGCAAAGUGAAUAGUACCAAGAUUCAAGCGCUUGGUACCUGUGAUUUUUCGCAAUAUAUUGAAGUCCGAAACAAUGGUUCGAUCGUUCCGAGGCCAUUCAAAGACCCAAUCAAGCGUCAAUGUGCUAAUCUCGUGCGAGAUUAUUACCGCAUGGAAAUGAAUACAACCGAAAUCAUUUACAAUACGUACGAAGACUGCUACAUGGACACUCAUGCUCGGCCGAGCUUGAAAGUUGUACGGCAAUCAGACCUUAAAAGACGAAUGAGUUUAAUGAAAUUGAGCGCAUUCGAUGGUCAAGAAUCUUUCAUUGAUCAAGGAUCAAAACUGAAUAUGGGUUCAACGGAUGCAUUGAGUGGCUAUCCAUGUUGGAUGGAUGAUGCCAAAGAAACCUAUAUAAAUUUACCUGAAGUUCGAUAUGCAACUCAUAUUCCCAAAAAUCUUCCACACUGGACUGAUUGCAAGUUUGUUUUUUUUUCCAUUGAAAUAUUACCUUUCCAUGUGAAUGAAUUAUACAAACGUCAAUACAACGACACAACACCAUUCUUCGAGCAGAUGAUCAAUUCAGGUCUGGAUCUGCAUAUCCUUGUGUACAAUGGUGACACUGAUGCGGUUUGCAACUUUCUUGGUGCCGAGCGAUUCGCUUCACGAUUAGCAACAAAAUUCAAUCUGGAUAAACAAACUCGGCAAGAAUGGACGUUUGCUGAGAAGCCGAAAUAUAAACCGUCAAUAGCUGGCUACCAUCAAAGAUACACAACCAAAAAUGGGAAAGUGAUAUUCGACUUCCUUUCUGUGAAGGGCUCAGGGCAUUUCGUGCAACUUGAUCGUCCCGGUCCCGCGUUGCAAAUGCUUGAAAAUUACAUCGCGAACAAGAACUACAGUAGUCCAACAACCGUAAAUACCGUCCUCAAACCACUCCUUCCACAAUAUCAGCAAAACCCGAAACCCCAACCAACGAGAAAAGAGAGAGAUCGCGUAUGGAACCUACCCGGAAUAACUUACGAUCUUAAUUUUGAGCAUUAUUCCGGAUAUUUGAACCCGUCGAAAGGCAACUAUCUUCAUUAUUGGUUCACGCAAUCGCAAAACGAUCCAGCAAAUGAUCCGCUGCUUCUGUGGUUGAACGGAGGACCUGGGUGUAGCUCAUUGACGGGCUUAUUGACUGAAUUAGGUCCGUUCUGGUUGAACCCGGAUGGAAGAACGCUAAUGGAGAACAUUUAUUCAUGGAAUCGAGUGGCUAACGUUCUUUUCUUGGAAUCUCCUCGUCAAGUUGGAUAUUCAUACCAGGAUACAAAAGAAAACAACGAUACAAUGUUUAACGACGAAAAGGUCAAUGUCACCAUUACUUCAAUUGCACUGACUACCGCUACCGAUAAUUUCCUGGCCAUAAUGGACUUCCUCAGCGUAUUUCCCGAAUUUUACAAUCGACCAUUCUAUGUGAGUGGUGAAUCGUACGCUGGCGUUUAUAUUCCAACAUUGGUGUCGCUCAUUAUUCAGAUGAUACAGGCGGGUAAAGCGCCUGGCUUGAACUUGGCUGGUGUAGCGAUUGGUAACGGAAAGAUGUCUGAUAAGUAUCAGCUGAACUCGGUUAUAAGUUUGUUUUAUAACCAUGGAAUGUAUGGAGUCGAGUAA